GCGAGCCAACAAGCUAAGUGGUUACUGGUUACUAGCAGCGGCUAGCUUCAAACAUUCAGACGACACAGAGGUAGCUAGCAGGUUAGCCCCGCAGCUAAUCAUGGUGAAUGUGAAGAAGCGGAAAGGUCGAGUCGUGAUUGACUCGGACUCUGAAGACAGUGCCAGCGAUGACAAUUUAGAUCAGGAGCUUCUGUCGUUGGCGAAGAGGAAGAGGGUCGAUUCGGGUGAGCAGGAAGAUCCAGUCAGCAAACCCGCUGCUUCUACAGACUCUGAGACAUCAGACAGUGAUGAUGAGUGGACUGUGGGUGGCACCAAAGGCAAAAAGAAGGUUAAACCAGGAAAAGGGUCUGAGAAGAAAAACACCACGAAGAAGAAAGUUAAUAAAGCAACAGCAUCUGGCAGCUCUGAUGGCGACAGCUCAGCAGAAAGCUCUGCACCUGAGGAGGGCGAGGUGUCUGAUUCAGAGAGCAACAGUUCGUCCUCCAGCUCAGACUCGGACUCAUCUGAGGACGAGGUGUUUAAAGACGGUUACGAUGACGACUUGAUGGGAGACGCAGAGGACAGAGCUCGUCUGGAGCAGAUGACGGAGAAGGAGAGAGAACAAGAGCUGUUCAACAGAAUUGAGAAAAGGGAGGUGCUAAAGAGACGGUUUGAAAUUAAGAAAAAGCUGAAGACGGCAAAGAAAAAAGAGAAAGAGGAGAAGAAAAAGAAACAGGAGGAAGAGCAAGAAAAAAGGAAGCUAUCUCAGGUUCCAGACAUACAAGCGGUCACGUCACACAACAAGGAGAGACGAUCAAAACGUGACGAAAAGCUUGACAAGAAGUCCCAGGCCAUGGAAGAACUCAAAGCUGAACGUGAGAAAAAGAAAAACAAAACAGCCGAGCUUCUGGCCAAACGCCUGCCCCUGAAGACGAGUGAAGUUUACUCUGACGACGAGGAGGAGGAAGAGGAGGACGAUGACAAGUCAUCGGUCAAAAGCGACCGAAGUUCGCGCUCUUCGUCGUAUGAUGACGACGAGAAAGAGGAGACUCCACCAAAGUCACAGCCCGUUUCACUACCAGACGAGCUGAACAGAGUCCGCCUGUCCAGAAACAAGCUGGAGCGCUGGUGCCACAUGCCCUUCUUUGCUAAGACAGUGACUGGCUGCUUUGUGAGGAUAGGGAUUGGGAACAGCAGCAGUAAACCAGUUUACAGGGUUGCUGAAAUUAUGGAUGUGGUGGAGACGGCAAAAGUUUACCAGCUUGGUACGACACGAACAAACAAGGGAUUACAGUUAAGGCACGGGGGCGACACACGGGUUUUCAGGCUUGAAUUUGUAUCGAAUCAGGAAUUUACAGAAAGCGAGUUCAUGAAGUGGAAAGAGGCAAUGAUUGUUGCUGGGAUGCAAGUACCAACUCUUGACGAAGUCACCAAAAAGGAGCAGUCCAUCAAAGAAGCUCUCAACUACAAGUUCAACGACAAAGACAUAGAGGAUAUUGUUAAAGAAAAGGACAGGUUCCGGAAAGCGCCACCAAAUUACGCCAUGAAGAAAACGCAGUUACUGAAAGAUAAGGCAAUGGCAGAAGAGAAUGGAGACGGUGAUAAGGUGAAAGGGAUCCAGGAUGAGCUGAACGAGCUCGAGGAAAGAGCAGAAGCACUUGACAGACAGAGGACCAAGAACAUCUCUGCUAUCAGCUACAUUAACCAGAGGAACAGAAGCUGGAAUAUCGUUGAAUCUGAGAAAGCUCUCGUGGCUGAAGGACAAAACGCCAAAAACCAGCAAAUGGACCCUUUCACUCGAAGACAGUGCAAACCCACAAUGGUGUCAAAUGCCAGAGAUCCAUCAGUCCAUGCAGCUAUUCUGGCUCACCUCAACCAGAAGUACGGCUCUGGGUCAGAACAAGAUCCUGCGGGUGCUGACAACAACAAGCUGGGAUUAAAUUCAAAAGAUAAAGACGUCCCCAAACCAACCACUGACCUCUCAGAGGACUUGUUUAAAGUCCACGAUUUUGACGUUAAGAUCGACCUACAGGUUCCUAAUGCAGAGGCAAAGUCUUUGUCUGUGAGCUCCAAUGCUCUGCCGGUGAAGGACGGCGCCCCCCGCAGGUCCCUCAACCUGGAGGACUACAAGAAAAGGAGGGGGCUGAUCUAAUGUGGCCAGUCCAUUAAUCAGAAUCCACAUCACAUGUGUAAUUGGUUGUGUGUUUGUUUGUGUGAGUAAGUGAGUGAGACUGAGCAAGUUAGUGAGUGAGACUAAAUGAAUGAAUGAGUGUUGAUGACCCCUGGUGUGUUUGUGUGUGUGAGUGUGUUUGUGUGUGUGUGUGAAUGGUGAUGCAACAGAGUAUCUAUCCAAACAGAGGAAAUACUGAGUGUAGACUUUUUUUUUCAAAGGAUCUCUUAGAAGACAAUGUUCUUUUUUGUUUUGUUAUUUUUUUAUCACACAAAAACUUGCAUACUGAGUUAUUUGUGUGUGGUUUUUUUUAUGUAUUUAACUCCUCCCCCUCUUUUGGAGCCGCUGGAGUCCACUCCUCUUUUCUUUUUUUCUUUUUGUCUCUCAUAAGGACAUGGCGCUUGUGGAUUCUUACAUUGAACAAGGACACUAUUUUAGAAGACUUAGAUUGUUGAGGCAUUUGAAAUGACUGGAGGACAUUUAAUGGAGUUGACCAGCGAUGAAUGAAACUGUAAAUUUCCCAACCCCCUUCUUUGACAAAAUGUGUGAUUGUCUGCGCCUGCAGUCCAUCCUAAAUUUGAACAACUGCUCCUAUUUUUGCGGAGUGUGACGAUCACCAUCCCUGGGUCUUCAUGACCAAUGUGAAAAGGUUGACAAACGUCGACUGGACAUUUAUUGCUUUUUAAGUCUUUGAAACAGUCCACUUUGAGAAAAAAACCCUUUUCUAUGACUGGCCUGGUUAUUAAAGUGUUUCUUCGUUUCUGUUAUCUCUUGGUCAGUUGUACAUGGGGACAAACUCCCCUGCAACGUAACUCCCAGAGCAGAUUCUACGUGUUAAUCGAUUGUGUCCAUAGUCACCUCCUGUAUUGAUGUGGCAUGCCAUGUAAAUAUGCAUUUUGGAGUGAGUGCAGGGAAAAAAAAUAAAGAGGCACUGUUUCAUAAAA